AUGUGUUCAUUGCAACUUUUGCAGGACGUGCUGUACAUGUUACACAGCGGAUCGUAUUCUUUCGUGUGCAAGAAAUCCUUGGAGAACGCGUUUUGCAUCAGCCACUUUAUAAGGUUGCUGAAUUGCAUCUACGUGGAUCGCCACUCAGCUAAGAGUCGCAAGGAGGUGUACUGUAGCAUUGUUGAGCGAAUGAAAUCGAUCGACCGAGGAAACGAGAGUGUUUCAUUGGUGGUCUAUCCGGAGGGCACCACCUCUAGGGGCAAUAUCUUGCUUCCAUUCAAGCACGGUGCUUUUGGCGCGUUGGUCCCGCUCCAACCAUUGCUUAUUGUACUCGACUACAGUUACCUGAACAUCACCUUCGAUGUAUUUCCGUGGAAGUGGUGGAUGUUUCAGACCUUCUGUUCGCCCAUCACGGUACCGCUCAUCGCAUACUGGCUCCCGACCAUCUACCCACCCAGCAAGGAGGAAAUUGCACUGAAAGGCGAGCAGACCUGUGUUCGUGAGUAUGCCCUAUAUGCUAACCGCGUGCUGCGUGAGGCUAUGGUCAAACUGAACCCUAAUGUAGACCGGGAGCACUUGGAGACUCGAGAUGUUGUAGUGUCACCCUCAUGUCGUUGCAAACUCUUGGCUCGCUUGUAUGGUCCAGUGCUCCAACGUAAGUACAAGAUCACAGAAGAAGAGCUCCGCAGACUUGAAGAAGUGACGUUUCACUAA